AAAUGGGGUGCAAAUUCAAAGUUUUUUGAAAACGGGGUGCAAAGACCAAUAUCAUCCAAAAAGUGGGGUGUAAAGUCAAAUUCUCCCUAUAAAAAACUCCUCUAAACUCAAGUUUAUGGCAAUAGUGAACAAAGUCACUACUAUAUGCUUAUAUAUUAAAUAUAAAAAAGAUCAAUCUAAUUUAUCUAUGUAGAUGUGCUUGUGAGAAUGAAUUAUUUGUAUAAACAUCUUUGGUAGAGAUUAUUAUUGUAGAACUGCUAAAAGUACGGAUUAUUGGUAUGAAUAACUUUAGUGAUAACGAUAAAGUUGUAAUUUACACUGUAGUUAUGAUGAUAUGCUUCUAGUAACUUAGGUUAUAUUUUGCCCUAACACUUUUCUUCAAGCAAUAUUUAAAGAUUUUUAUUUUAUUUAACAUUGUAAUGAUCAUAUUUUUGUUUUGAAACGGGUGAGGUGCUAUAUUAUUUACGGAGUAUUAUUUAGAAAAGAUUUUAUAUAAAAAAUUAUUUUUGCACCACGAUUGUAUGUUUUUACAAAUAAAAUUUUAUUUGAAUAAUUACAGAAUUUAAAAUACUCUAAUCUUUGUUAGAAUGCAGUUAACAAUAUGAAAUUUCAUUUGUUAGUUAAAAAACAUUGAGUUUUUUUUCCGUAUUAAUGUUAAUUAAUUAAAUAAUUACGGAAAUAGGGUUGGGUUAAAAGUAUUUACCAAUAUACUGCUGGGUUAACCAUGGUCGGGGUAAGUCGCCAAACGGUUGGGCGACUUACCCAUCAAAUAAACUGACGGGUUGGGAAAGCCGGAAAGGCCAGACUAACACAUUUCAUCCCCAAAUCCCCCAAAGCUGCAGCGACGAAGGACGAACGACGAACGACGACCAGACGAGAGCCACCUCCAACUCCGGCGAACCACCAUCUCCGGCGACGCCACCUUGCCAAGGCCUCUCCACUUCCAUCUUCUUCAACACUCUUUCUUCUAGAAUAUGGAUUUCUCCAACUUCCCAAUCGUGUGUCAUUGGGGAGACAACUAUUAUGAAGAUGAUGAGCAAAUACACAUUGAAGGUGGUAGAAGCAGCUUUGUCAUUGUUUCUCGUGACGCUUGCUUGCUCGAGAUGCUUUAAAAAAUACAUGCAGCUACAAUGAUUACUCCGACUAGUUCUUUGCGUUUGAAAAUGAAAUUUCCAAUGAACGGGGGAAAGUACAUGUUUAUGCACCUAACUGAUGGACUAUCUAUAUCAAAUAUGUGGUCUAUAAUUGAGAUGGAGGCUAUGUCCACCCUGGAGAUAUACAUUGAGGACUCCAUAUGUGACACAUCUGCUACUCCAUCAACAUCAAAUGUUGCUGUAUCUAGGCAUGGUGUGAAUGCAUGUGUGAAUGCAGGGAACUCCUCGCAUGCUGCUGUACUGGACAUGGUUGUAGAGAAAGAGGGUAUGUAUUUGCACAAUGGUGCAUCAUUUGUGGAUGGGCAAGACACUGAUGAUGAUGCUGACGAGAACAUCAAUGGUGAUGACAUGACAGAAUUUGAUGAAGAUAAUGGUGAUACUGUCACGACAACUGCCCCCUCUAGCCACUUUACUAGAAUAUAUAUGAUCUCCCUGAAGGCUUUACUGAUGUGUGGAUGAGUGGAUCAGGUAUGAAAAGGUUUACCCCCGAAGGUGAGUUUGAGGUCGGUCAACAGUUUGACAACAAAGAACAAGUCAUCAAUAUGGUGAGCUUGUAUUCUAUCAAUCGGAACCAAUUUUAUCGGGUGAUGGAGUCCGAUAAACACAAAUGGGUGGCGCAGUGCAAAAGGAAGAAAGAAUGUGAUUGCCCCUGGAGAAUACGUGCCACAAAGAACAAAGGCAACCUUGACAGCUUCACAAUUGUGCGUUAUCCGGGACCUCAUUCUGCUAUGUGUGUUGGCAACACCGAUAGUACCGAUCACGUGGCUUUGACUUCAGAUUUCAUCUCUAAAGAUGUGAUUGACAUUGUCCGCACUGAUCCUUCCCUUAAAGUGCAUACUAUCAUUGAGAUGCUGAAGGAAAAGUAUGGGUAUACAGUAUCAUACCGGAGAACAUGGAUGGGGGAGCAAAAGGCCAUAUCAGAAAUAUUUGGCGGUUGGGAGAAGACAUAUUCUGAAUUGCCCCAUUUCAUGACAUCGCUCCAACAUUCAAAUCCUGGAACUGUUGUGCAUUGGUACCCACCCCCUAAUGCUCCCACAAGUUAUAUGCGGUUUCAAAGAGUAUUUUGGGAAUUCAAGCCUUCAAUACAUGGUUUUAAGCAUUGUCGACCCGUUCUUACUAUUGAUGGCACACACUUGUAUGGAAAGUACAAGGGUACAUUGCUCGUGGCUAUGGGUUGUGAUGCGAACAACCAAAUAUUUCCAGUGGCCUUUGCAGUUGUUGAAUCUGAGAAUGGGGAUAGUUGGCCAUGGUUUAUGGCAUGUAUUAGGGAGUUUGUCACUAAUAGGGAGUUGUGUGUCAUUUCUGAUCGACAUGCAGGUAUUGUCAGGGCAAUGAAUGAGGUGAGCAGUACUUGGGAGGAGCCUUAUGCGCACCCUAGGCUAUGUAUCCGCCAUCUUGCAUCAAAUGUGCACACUCAUUUCAAAGACACUCACCUAAAAAAUCUUUUUGUCUGGACCGCUCGGCAACAUCAGAAAAAGAAGUUUGAUGGUGGGUUCAAGAAGAUAGGGGAAAUGAGAUUGGAGGCACGACAAUUUAUGGGGAACAUUCCCCCAGAAAUGUGGUCAUUACACCACGAUGGCGGGUACAGAUACGGUACCAUCACUUCUAACCUGGCUGAGGUUUUUCAACAGCUUGAUGAAAAAUGCAGAUAUUUGCUCAUCACCGCUUUGGUCCAGGUUUCCUUUUAUCGGGUUAAUGCUUAUUUUGUUAAUAGGCGUGAAACCAGUAAAACAAGAGUGACAGAAGGCCACCAAUACUCCCCGCACAUCACAGAUUUAAUUGAGAAGAAUAGAGAGAAGGCCAAGCAUCACGCUGUUACUCCAUUUGAUUUAGGCCGAGGGGUAUACCAAGUGGAAACAGAUUGUGGUGGCCGAACGUUGGGGAAGAGUGGCAGAAAACAAACUGUCCAUCUACAACGGCGAACUUGCACUCGUAUUUUGAUCAAGCAGCAUGCGAGGACAUAUAUUUUGAUGAUGAUGGGAGCUUUCAUUUUCGCUGACAAGAGCGGAAAUGAGAUUCAGGUGAUGCAUUUGCCUAUGCUAGAGAGGUUUGAUGUAGCAGCACAGAUCAGCUGGGGUAGUGCCACGCUGGCUUAUCUCUACAAACAGUUGUGUUGCGGCUGCCAUAGAGGGAGCACGGAGCUUGGAUGAUUUUUGCUACUUCUCCAGAUUUGGUCAUGGGAGUACAUCCACAUUGGACGUCCCAUUAUAGUGGCAUACCAUGGCAUUGAUGGACACCCACUUCCUGAUGAGCCUCCACAUCUCCUGGGACCACAUCAUGUACGGGGCGAGGACCCUCUGGGCCGUCAGUAUGUUUUAACUCGUUUGUAUUUAUGUUAUUGUAUGUUGAAUAUAAAUAUAUUAAUAAUAUUCAUAUUCAUAUAUGCUACAUAAAUGGUUAGAUGGCUAUUUGCUGAUCUAUCUCGCACUUCAUCGGCUUCUGGGCUUGGUGUGUACAAGGAUGCAUUCGAUCGGAUGUCUAAGGAUCAGCUGAGAUGUUUGCAGAGUUGGCCCCCGCUGGACGAGAGCAUUCUCACAUAUGGCGAGCAUGUGUGUCGUUGAUAUGUUUUGACAUUGUUGAGCUGCAUUUGCCUGAUCGUGUAUUGCGACGGUUUGGGUUUGAGCAGGUCAUUCCAGCACCUAUCGACACGUAUGUAGAGCUUCAUAGGCUGGAUAGGCGUGGGAAGCAUAUGGAGGAUUGGGCACUAAGACAUGUCCGAUAUGUCACUCUCUGGGAUAGGCGAGCUGAGCUAGUUGUGACUGGGACACCGACAUUUGUCCCAUAUGUUUCAGGAGACUACAUGGGAUGGUAUUACAACAUCACUCGUUUGUUUGUGUCUCCUUCGUUCAGACUCCCUUCUCACCAUUACCAGCCUAGCUCCUUGGCUUUGCAUCUUAUGACACGAGCUCUGCAGCGUAUACAUCAGCGGGCUACUGCCACAGUGAGUGAUACGCAAGACGUGGACAUGUACGAUCAGGCUCUGACGGGCAUUGCCUCCUUGUGUUUAGAUGUGUUGGGGCGAGUCGACUACGGCUAUCUUAUACACAUGCCCUCAUCUCAGGAUAUGCCAUCGAUGUUUAGUGCAGCGACGGCUUCAUCAUCCCAGAGUCAACAUGAGAGAGUGGUUCUUCAACCACGACAACGACAUAGGCGUAGGCAGCAACAGCAACAUCUCCAUGACCAAGACGAUCACGAUGACCAUGACAAUUUGUAGUUUGUCUUUUGUAUUGGAGUUUUUCUUGUACACUAGAUUGUAAGCACAAUUGACUUUAUUAUACGUAUUUCC